GCUGGCUACAGUUUCAUGUAUCACAGUAUAUUAUGCCUCUUUGGAUGCAUUAUUUUAUUUACUCCUCCCAAGCCUCUUAUUGGUGACUGUUAUCCUUAUUUCACAGAGGAGGCAUCUGAAACUGAGAAAAUUUUAGUAACUGGCCCAGGGCCACCCAGCUAGUGGGAUUUGCACCUGAAUCUGCUCUAAUCCAGAAACUGACCCUUAAGAACCACCCUGUGCUACAUGUCUUGGUAAAGGCUCACCGAGACCCUCCAAAGUAACAACUCUACCCACCUCCUCCUCCUCCAGGUUUCUACUGGCAUCCAGGACCCUCCUAUCUGAAAAAGUCCGUGUCACAAGGCCAUUGCCAAGGGGCCACCUGUCUCUGUGUUGCCAGGCCUCAGCAUGCAGGAAACCCUGACAACACCCUCACUGUCAGGCCCCAGCCAGUCCUCAAUUUCCACACAGGACCGGUCCUCCACUGCCGGCCAAACUUCCAGCACAGGCCCACCCCCCUCAAAGCCCUCAACUAUCCCACCUCCUGUGAAGUCCAAGGGCCCGAGUUCCAGGGCUGGGGUACGUCGGAUGCGUAGGAUCAUCGCUGAGGAUGUCGAGUGGUCACUGGCCAUCGUGCCCCUCCUCACAGAACUCUGCAUUCAACACAUUGUCAAGAACUUCCAGAACAACCCUAUCCUGAAGCAGCUGCUCCCAGAACACCAGAAGAAGGUCCUGAACAACCUGCCCCCCAACCUGCCGCUGACUGUGACUGCCAACCUGAUCGACGACGAAAAUUACUGGCGCCGCUGCUGCCUGCAGCGCUGGCCAGUGUGCCACGUGGACAAGCAUGGCGGCAGCUGGAAGCGCAUGUUCUUCGAGCUGCACCUGGGGAACCUGCUGAAGCACUUCAUCCCAAGCAGCACCGACCCUGCGGUGAUCCUCAACCUGCUGCCGCUCUGCAGGAACUACGUGCGCACCAUCCGGGUGGAUCAGUUCCUUCCGCCAGUGCAGCUCCUGCCGCCGCCCCAGAGCGGGGAUCUGUCUGACUCCGGCAGCGAGGGAGAAAUGGAGGAGCUGGCCACCGACCACUACCAACUGGGCGACCUAGUGGCUGGCCUGAGCCGUCUGGAAGAGCUGGACCUCGUGUAUGGUGUCAAGGACUGCGGGAUGAACUUCGAGUGGAACCUCUUCCUCUUCACCUACCGCGACUGCCACUCCCUGGCGGCCACCGUCAAGGCAUGCCACACCCUCAAGAUCUUCAGGUUGACCCGAAGCAAGGUGGACGACGACAAGGCACGCAUCCUGAUUCGCAGCCUCCUGGACCACCCGGCCCUGGAGGAGCUGGACCUGUCGCACAACCUCAUAGGGGACCGUGGCGCGCGCGCCGCCGCCAAGCUGCUGAGCCACAGCCGCUUGCGCGUGCUCAACCUCGCCAACAACCAGGUGCGCGCGCUGGGCGCCCAGUCGCUGGCUCACGCCCUGGCGCACAACACCAACCUCAUUUCCCUCAACCUGCGCCUCAACUGCGUGGAGGAUGAGGGCGGCCAGGCGCUCACGCACGCCUUGCAGACCAACAAGUGCCUCACCACGCUGCACCUCGGGGGCAACGAGCUGUCCGAGCCCACCGCCACGCUCCUCUCCCAGGUGCUCUCCAUCAACACCACGCUCACCAGCAUCAACCUGUCCUGCAACCACAUUGGGCUGGAUGGCGGGAAGCAGCUCCUGGAAGGCAUGUCAGACAACAAGACCCUCCUGGAGUUUGAUCUGCGCCUGUCAGAUAUCGCCCAGGAGAGCGAGUAUCUCAUCAGCCAAGCUCUCUGUGCCAACCGCGAAGCAGCCCUCCAGCGGGCCCUGAAUCCCACCCACUUCAUGUCACCAAUCACUGCCAAGGGCCCUGAGAACCCUGUGGGAUAAGAUGGGGGCCAGGGCUGAGGCAGUGACCAGAUAUGCUUCCCUGCCCCAGCCCCAUCCCUCAUUUCAUGCCCCUGCCAUGCCGGCUGCAGUCUCACACUGGUCCAGGGGGUGGUGAGGAGACUAAGAGUAUCCUUGGGAUGAGUGAUCAAGGGGUUGUGCAGAUAAAGAUGUGGGGGGGGGUCUGGGAUAGGGGUUUGAAAUGGGACUCAGCUCCAGUACCCAGGGAGAGGGUAUUACAGACCUACUGCAAUGGCUUCUUCCAGGAAUAGGGAAGGCAAAGCAGCCUCUAAGGGACUGUGCCUGCCCAGACUCUCCCACAGGACUGUCCAUCUCCCUGAUCACCCCCGACCCCCGCAUUUUCCUCUCUACCAAACAGAUCCUUAACCUCUUGACCUUCAAACACACUCACUCUCUCUCACCUUCUCCUUCCUCCAGCUGCAACAGAGCUUUGCCUGGCUUUUCCACGCUCACCCCUGCAGAUGCCCCUCCCUGUUACUUGACUCCGCUGAAGUCAUCUGGGUCUACAGGCCAUGCCAUCCUGUAACCCAUCCCCCCCAACAUGGGAAGGGGGAAACAGAGGUGACAGGGGGAGCUCAGACCCAGUGGCCUCCUGAGAGAGCUGCUCACGGAAAGGGGAGAUGGUGAGGGAGGUGCCACAUGGGGAAUGGAAGUCAGUGAGUCAUCCGCAACUUUAUUAUCCACCAGUUUGAUUUAUACAAUCUUUGCGCUUGGAAAUCCACGACAGAAAGGCCACAGUGUGAUGCACCCAGUUGACAGAGACCUGUCUUCUCCUCAGCCAGGCCCAGCCCACCCACAAGCCCUUGUCCCCAGGACACAUGGAACCUUCCCGGUGCCCUCCAUGAGUCCCAGGCACUCUGUGGCUGCCUACCCUGGGGCCACACCCACAGGAAUCACAUCUACCUAUGGGGCCACG